GAUGGGAUGGGAUAUACUCUCUUCGUCCCACAAUGAUGUUCCUAUUUAAAAUAUUUUUGUGAAACAAAUUUAGUUAAAGUAAGAACAUCAUUAUGAAACAGAGGGAGCUGUAUUUUAAAUUGAUGUUAAUUUCCCAUCUCUUGUUAAGUUUGAAUUUUCACCACUUACGUUUUACGUCUCUCCCAUUUUUAGUAGAACCAUGGAAAUCCGAAAUGUAGUAGACCCCCCUCCAAAAAAAAAAAAAAAAAAAAAAGAAGAAGAAAGAAAAGGAAAAAGGAAAAAAUAACAGGCAAGUGACAGGGAGCGAUAGGAGCCAGUAGAUCGUCGUCCUUGUGGUGUGGAUUGGAAAAGCAGAAUGUUUUCAACAUCCAUAGUAGCACCUUCAAAUCCAAGCUCCAUUUCAGGUCCCCAGCUUAAUUUGUUGAUGAGGGCAGCAUCAAAUUCAAAUUCGAAGGUUGAUUGUUAUAUGAGCAGCAAAGUUAGUUUGAAAUCAAAAGCAGGCACGCAACUCCUGUUCAAAAUCCCUAAUGGAUUUGUCUCCAAACGCCCUUUCCGACCUGUCAUGGAAUUACAAGAUUGCACGGUGAAGAAGGAGGUUGAUGUGCCUGCAUCUGUUGCGUAUAACUGCUACCUUAAUCGUGAAGACAUUCCUAAGUGGAUGCCUUUCAUUUCAUCUGUGAAGGUGUUGGAAGAUAAGCCUGACCAAUCAAGAUGGACGCUCAGAUAUAAAGCAUUUGGUCGUGAUAUUGAAUUCUCUUGGCUUGCUCGAAAUCUGCAGCCCAUUCCAAAUCAAAAAAUUCAUUGGAGAUCUCUGGAAGGUCUUCCAAACAGUGGUGCCGUUCGAUUUUACCCAAGAGGUCCUUCAUCCUGUCUUAUAGAACUGACUGUGUCUUACGAAGUUCCUCAACUUCUAUCACCCGUAGCAUCAGCACUUCAACCUUUUCUUGAAAGCCUGCUUCUACGAGGUUUGGAAAGGUUUACAAAUUUUGCGAAAAACAGUCAAAUAGAGUCAACCAACUGAUCCUGUCUCACAUUUUGAAGUCCAAAAUCAAGAACCAAAACCCUGGUGUGUAAAUGUGUAAUUGAUAAAGCACGUAUAUCGUAAAGAGAUUCUUCAGGAAUUGUAUUUGUAACCAACAAGAACCAAAACCCUGGUGUACAUGUGUAAUUGGUAAUUGAACCCUUGGUUGAUAGACUUGAUAUACCUAUAUAAUAAAACAGGUAUUUGGUAUGCACUUUGAUUUUACUGCA